AUGGGUGCCUACAAGUAUUUAGAAGAAUUGCAAAGAAAGAAGCAAUCCGAUGUUAUGCGUUUCCUUUAUCGUGUCAGAUGUUGGGAAUACAGACAAAAGAAAGUUAUCCACAGAGCUUCCAGACCAUCUAGACCAGACAAGGCUAGAAGAUUAGGUUACAAGGCCAAGCAAGGUUUCGUUAUCUACAGAAUCAGAGUCAGAAGAGGUGGUAGAAAGAGACCAGCUCCAAAGGGUGCUACUUACGGUAAGCCAACCAACCAAGGUAUUAACCAAUUAAAAUACCAAAGAUCUUUAAGAACUACUGCUGAAGAAAGAGUUGGUCGUCGUGCUUCUAACUUGAGAGUCUUAAACUCCUACUGGAUUAACCAAGAUUCUACUUACAAGUACUUUGAAGUCAUCUUAGUUGACCCAUCUCACAAGGCUAUUAGAAGAGAUGCUAGAUACAACUGGAUCGCUAACCCAGUUCACAAGCACAGAGAAUCUAGAGGUCUUACUUCCGCUGGUAAGCAAUCCAGAGGUAUUAACAAGGGUCACAGAUACACCAAGACCAAGGCUGGUCGUCGUCACACCUGGAAGAAGCACAACACCUUAUCCUUAUGGAGAUACAGAUCUUAG